CACACAUAUAUGUAUGUAUGUGUGUGUGUAUAUAUAAAUUGGCAAUAAAUAUGAAGACCCUCUAUACGGGCAUUGGCCACAGCAACAGCAGCUCCAGCAGCAAUAACUCCAACAAAAUGGCACUGGGCAAGUCCAUUAAAAUGUACCUGACGAUAUUCAUAGCCACAACGUGCAUCUAUAUGGUGCUCUAUCAGUAUCACAUGUCCCGUCAGCCUUUAGCAUCCAAUGAUGUUGUCAAGCCGCCUUUAUAUAUCAUCACGCCCACUUAUCGACGACCCGAACAGCUGGCCGAAUUGACGCGCCUUGGCUAUACACUGAAGCAUGUGGUCAACCUGCUGUGGCUGGUCAUUGAGGAUGCCAAUAAAACGAAUCCAUUGGUGGCGCACACCCUGGACCGCAUCGGGGUGCCCUAUGAAUAUCUAGUGGCUCCCAUGCCAGAGGAAUAUAAAGCAACAAAGCGAGCAAAGCCACGAGGUGUCUCCAAUCGGAAUCGAGGCCUUGACUAUCUAAGGGCCAAUGCCAGCGAGGGUGUACUCUAUUUUGCCGAUGAUGAUAAUACCUAUGACAUUAGCAUAUUCGAGCAGAUGCGCUAUAUACAAAAGGUCGGCAUGUGGCCAGUUGGACUGGUUACCAAGACUGGCGUUAGCAGUCCCAUUAUACGUAAUGGCAAAUUGGAUGGCUACUAUGAUGGCUGGAUUGGUGGUCGAAAAUAUCCCGUCGAUAUGGCUGGGUUUGCUGUCAGCGUUAAAUUUCUUCACGAGCGACCGCAUGCCAAGAUGCCAUUCAAGCCUGGCUACGAGGAAGACGGUUUCCUGCGUAGUCUAGGACCCUUGGCGAAUGCCGAAAUCGAAUUGCUGGCCGAUCAGUGUAGAGAUAUUCUAACAUGGCAUACGCAGACCAAAAAGAAUCCACCAGCUUCGCCAGUUAAUUUUACACGAUAUGGCCAAACGAAUUUGGAGUUUAUAGAGAAAUUGCUGGUGCGCCCAUAGAGGAGUUGGUUUUUGAAUGGUUUUUUUUUUUUUUGUUUUUUUGGGGUGGGUAAUUUCUAGUGGUUAGUUAGGGAUAAUAGUAAAGGUAUAUAUAGUAUGUAUACUUAUGCAAACAAAAAAAAAACAAACGAUAGAGCUCACAAAGUGUCCAAGUGGCUUUAACCAGUUGUACAGGUACAAUCUUGUCUUUAAGUCGUAUUUAUUUAGAAAGAAAACUUUGUAAACUAUUUGACUAUGCGACCCCAGCCGGCUUUAUAUUAACAAAAGACACAUAUACAUAUACAUAUAUAUAUAAUACAUAUGUUAAACUCUAAGUUAUAAGUAAUUGUAUUAUACUAAAUAUAUACAUUUAAUUUUUUUUGUAAAUA